AUCUGGCGCAAGCUUCUUAGCACACACAUGACUCAAACUAUGAAUGGCCCUCCGACUCUUACCACCUUCGGCGGGUGAGAAGUCUGUCCGGGCACAGCUACCUGCUGCAAAGCGCGUGCAUGCGCAGCGUACUACAUCCAGGGGGGUCGCUACUGUGGCGGUUUUUCUUCUUUUGCUUGUGAAUGUAGUCGCCUUGAUCGGUGCAGUUAUUUUGAGUCACUCGCUGUUUCGGAGCUAUUGGAGACAAGCAGACUGGUGACUGAGGAGCCGCACGGAGCUCUGCAGCAGAAACGGUACCGGAGCAGCACCGCCAGCAAAGAAACCACGAAUGUGAUGCCAAAGCUGGACAGAAAAACAGAGGUUUAAGUCUAGAAAAGAGAAGUGCUGGGUGUCUCCUCUGGAGAGGGAUCAAAACUGUGGUGAGAUGCGGUGAGAUAUAGCGCCUCGCUGCUCUAAAAGCCGGAUUUGUUGUCUACUCAUGAUUUUUCUGUAGUCGGGCGUCUGCUGCAGUCAUGUUCAGGAACAGCUUGAAGAUGCUGCUGACGGGGGGGAAAGCCAACCGCAAGAGUCGCAGCAGUGAUGGAGGGAGCGAGGAUUUGGCAGACCCCCGCUCGCCCAGUCUAGACCCUCAUCUGAGCCACAUUGGCCAAGGUGGCAGCAUAGACAGCGACUGUGCCUUUGAAGCAGACUACGCAGUGUCCCCGCUGUCCAUGACCGAGGGCAUGCAGCACAUUCGCAUAAUGGAGGGUGUGUCACGCUCUCUGCCCUCCUCCCCGCUGCUCACCCACCAGAACCUCGGUGUCAGACUGCAGCCAGUGAAGAAGCUCACAGCCCCUCUGCGGAAAGCAAAGUUUGUGGAGAGCCCUCGCAUUCCACAAUCAGAGCUUGGCUCCCCUACACACACCUCCACCACUGCCAAGAAUCCAGACCUGGACACAUACUGCCCUGGGGAGUCAAGCCAGGAGCUGGGCCCCCCUCCGUCGGUGGAUGAGGCAGCCAACACAUUGAUGACGCGGCUGGGUUUCCUUCUGGGAGACAAAGUGAGUGAGGGGCCAGCCGGUACCCAGUACAGCAUGGAGGAACCUGAGAUGAGACAGGGCCAGAACCAAAGGAUCAGCCCCUGCUCCACCCUGACCAGCAGCACUGCCUCUCCACCUGCAGGCAGCCCUUGCUCCACCCUCCCCAACACAAUGCCCGGCCAGGCUGGCAACAAGGACUGCGCCUAUGGUUCUGUCACCAGUCCCACCUCAACACUGGAGAGCAGAGACAGCGGGAUUAUUGCAACUCUGACCAGCUAUUCGGAGAACAUGGAGCGAGGUGGCAAAUACGGCGAGGGUUCGCGGGGAAACCUUAAAUUGUGGCAAUCUCAGAAAUCAGGCAUGGACUCGUUCCUGUACAGGGUGGAUGAAAACAUGACCGCCUCCACCUACAGCCUCAACAAAAUCCCUGAGCGCAACCUGGAGAGCAUGUCCUCCCAUUCUGCCCACUCCAUCCCUCUGUACCUCAUGCCCCGCCCCAAUUCUGUGGCUGCCACAAGCUCGGCCCACCUGGAGGACCUGGCAUACCUGGAUGAGCAGAGGCACACUCCAUUACGCACCUCGCUGCGCAUGCCGAGGCAGAGCACCACCUGCGGGCCAGGUCGCUCUGGGCAGGACCUGCGAGUUUCUGCAAAUAACACCCAUGCCUGGCAAUCCCAGUCACUUCGUUUUGCCCCCUAUCGGCCUCAAGACAUCGCCCUCAAACCUCUGCUGUUUGAGGUGCCCAGCAUCACCAUGGACUCUGUCUUCACGGGACGCGACUGGCUCUUCCAAGAGAUCGACGUCCACCUCAACAACCCAAAUUCUGGCACCAACCAUGGCGUUGUGGUAGUAGGCAACAUCGGCUUUGGCAAGACAGCAAUCAUCUCGCGCCUGGUAGCGCUCAGCUGCCACGGCACGCGCAUGAGGCAGAUUGCUUCUGACAGCCCUCAGGCCUCACCCAAACAUGGAGAGGGGCUUCCUCUCACCCAGCCCCAGCCCACGCACGGCACCCUGGGGGGAGGCAGCUGUCCCGGAACCCCUGAGAUGAGACGACGUCAGGAGGAAGCCAUGAGGAGGCUGGCAUCUCAGGUGGUGGCGUACCACUACUGCCAGGCAGAUAAUGCCUACACCUGCUUGGUACCAGAGUUUGUGCACAACGUUGCAGCCCUGUUGUGCCGCUCGCCACACCUCGUUGCCUACAGGGAGCAACUGCUGAGGGAGCCACACCUGCAAAGUAUCCUGAGUCUGCGCUCCUGCGUCCAGGACCCCCUGGCCUCCUUCAGGAGGGGCGUCCUAGAGCCCCUGGAUGCACUUUACAAAGAGAGGAAGAUCAACUCUGAAGAAGACCUCAUCAUCCUUAUCGACGGCCUCAACGAGGCUGAGUUCCACAAGCCAGACUAUGGAGACACCAUUGUGUCCUUCCUCACCAAAACCAUCAGCAAGUUCCCUCCCUGGCUAAAACUGGUGGUUACAGUCAGAACCACGUUACAGGAAAUAACCAACUCGCUGCCGUUUCACCGGAUCUCUCUGGACAGCCUGGAGGAGAACGACGCCAUAGACCAGGACCUGCAGGGCUACAUCCUGCACCGCAUCCACAGCAGCCCAGAGAUCCAGAAUAAUAUCUCGCUCAAUGGCAAGAUGGACAACACCACCUUCGGCAAGCUCAGCACCCAUCUAAAAGCCCUGAGCCAGGGAUCCUAUCUGUACCUCAAACUCACCUUUGACCUCAUCGAAAAGGGCUACCUUGUGCUCAAAAGCUCCAGCUAUAAGGUUGUUCCUGUGAACCUGGCGGAAGUUUACCUGCUGCAGUGCAACAUGCGUUUCCCCACACAGUCGUCAUUCGAGCGGGCACUCCCCCUGCUCAACGUGACCGUGGCAUCUCUCCAUCCUCUGACCGAUGAGCAGAUUUACCAGGCCAUCAACUCUGGUUCUCUGCAGGGCACACUGGACUGGGAAGAUUUCCAGCAACGCGUAGAUAACCUGUCUGUCUUCCUUGUGAAGAGAAGGGAUGGCACCAGAAUGUUUGUGCACCCCUCCUUUAGAGAGUGGCUGAUCUGGAGAGAAGAGGGAGAAAAGACAAAGUUCCUCUGCGAUCCGAGGAGUGGGCACACCCUGCUGGCCUUCUGGUUCUCUCGGCAGGAGAACAAGCUGAACAGACAGCAGACUAUUGAGCUGGGCCAUCACAUCCUCAAAGCACAUAUCUUCAAGGGUCUCAGCAAGAAAGUCGGCGUAUCCUCAUCUAUCUUGCAAGGCCUGUGGGUUUCCUACAGCACAGAGGGUCUUUCAGCUGCACUUUCUUCACUCCGAAAUCUUUACACUCCCAACAUCAAGGUGAGCCGGCUGCUGAUGCUGGGGGGUGCCAAUGUGAAUUACCGUACAGAGGUGCUGAACAAUGCCCCGGUCCUGUGUGUCCAUUCCCACUUGGGCUACAUGGACAUGGUAGCACUGCUGCUGGAGUUUGGUGCCUCAGUCGAUUCCCAGUCUGAAAGCGGCCUCACCCCGCUGGGCUACGCUGCUGCUGGUGGACACAUGGCCAUUGUGACUGCACUGUGUCGCAAAAGAGCAAAGGUGGAUCACUUGGAUAAGAACGGGCAGUGUGCCCUGGUUCAUGCAGCCCUGAGGGGCCACAUGGAGGUGGUGAAAUUCCUCAUCCAGUGUGAUUGGAGUUUAGGAUCACAACAGCAACAGCAGUCACCGCAGACCCAACAACCGGCAACCUUGACCAAGAGUCAUGCAGUCCAGCAGGCCCUCAUAGCUGCAGCCAGUAUGGGGUACACAGAGAUUGUAUCCUACCUGCUGGACCUGCCAGAGAAAGAUGAAGAGGAAGUAGAGCGGGCUCAGAUCAAUAACUUUGACACCCUGUGGGGAGAAACAGCUCUGACUGCAGCAUCUGGUCGGGGGAAGCUGGAGGUCUGUCGCCUGCUGUUGGAGCAGGGUGCAGCGGUGGCUCAGCCCAGCAGACGAGGCAUCGUCCCGCUCUUCAGCGCCGUCAGACAGGGACACUGGCAGAUUGUAGAUCUCCUGCUUACUCAUGGAGCAGAUGUCAACCUGCCUGAUAAGCAGGGUCGCACGCCUCUAAUGAUGGCCGCCUCAGAGGGUCACCUUGGUACUGUUGAGUUUUUACUUUCGCAAGGAGCCUCUCUGUCUCUGAUGGAUAAGGAGGGUCUGACCGGUCUUAGUUGGGCUUGUCUGAAAGGACAUUUACCUGUUGUACGCUGCCUGGUGGAGAGCGGUGCCGCCACCGACCACGCAGACAAGAACGGACGCACGCCCCUCGACUUAGCAGCUUUCUACGGCGACUCUGAAGUGGUCCAGUUCUUGGUUGACCACGGGGCCAUGAUAGAGCACGUUGACUACAGUGGGAUGCGUCCUCUGGACAGGGCAGUGGGCUGCAGAAACACAUCGGUGGUGGUCGCCCUGCUCAAGAAAGGAGCCAAGAUAGGAUGUCAGACGCUGCCCAGUCGACCCCGAGGUCCAGCCACGUGGGCCAUGGCCACCUCCAAACCCGACAUCAUGAUCAUCUUGCUCAGCAAGCUCAUCGAGGAGGGGGACAGUUUUUACAAGAAAGGGAAAGUGAAGGAGGCUGCGCAACGCUACCAGUAUGCUCUCAAAAAAUUUCCACGCGAAGGCUUCAGCGAGGACCUCAAGACAUUCAGGGAACUCAAAGUAUCGCUCUUCCUCAAUCUGUCCCGAUGUCGGAGGAAAAUGAAUGACUUUGGGAUGGCUGAGGAAUUUGCUACCAAGGCACUUGAGCUGAAACCAAAUUCAUAUGAAGCAUAUUAUGCCAGGGCACGAGCCAAACGUAGUAGCAGACAAUUUCCUGAAGCCUUAGAGGACCUGAAUGAAGCCAUAAAGCAGUGCCCCAAUAACAGAGAAAUCCAGCGGCUGCUCCAGCGGGUGGAGGAGGAAUGUCAUCAGUUCAAUCAGGACGAACACCAGCCGCAGGACCUUGAGCUGGAGCCUCCACCCUCCCCUCCUCCUACACCUCCCCCGGAAGAGGAGGACUCUCUAUCCUUGUCCAUGCCUCUUCCUCCUCCCCCAGAGCCCCGCUUAGAGGACAUGGAGCCCGUCCAGGACCUGUUUGAGGAUGAGGACUACCUGGAACAGGAGCUGGAGGCCAUGUCAAUGGGUCUGCCCCCACCUGACUCUCUCACUAAUCCUUCCAGUCUUCCCAUCAUCCAGAGCCCACCGUUAUCCCCCACACAUCCAGAUCAAAUUUACUUAGCUGGAGGUUCGCCCAUGGGUCAGCCCUAUGAAUACCUCCCCACCUCCUCCUCCAUGUCCUCUCCAACUCGAGGCACGUACCAGCCCACAUCGCCCUCCCUUUCCCCAACACAUCAUAACUCCCACUACCGACAUAGUCCACCUCACACCUCCCCAGUGCAUCAGCCAUCCUACCGCUUCAGCCCACCUCCUAUGGGCACUGGGGGUCAGGGGAUGGAUCACCAGAGCCCGCCGCCUUCCCCUUUACGUCGGUCUGCUCAGUAUAGAGCAAGUCCACCAAUAGAAGGUGUUUGUCUGUACAGGUCCCAGUCUGGGUCACCUGUUCGCUACCAGACAGAGCAGCUCCCUGGCCGACCCAAAUCUCCCCUUUCUAAGAUGAGCAGCCAGCGCUCAUUCCAGCUGAGCUCACAGCCUUCUUUAUCUUCCCAGCACCACCAAGCCCAAGGCCUUCGCCUCCAGCCUUCUAUAGCCCAAAUAGUCCGCACAAACCAGCCCAGCAACGUGAUGGGCAACAGCAGCUUUGGAAGCCAGAUGGGUCACUCCAUGGGUGGUCGCUAUCAAGGGGGUUCAGUGGAUGUGGAGAGCCGCCUGGUAUACCAGCCCUCCCUGGACGGACGGUCCAUGUCCCAAGUUCAGGCCAGCCUCAGCUCUGGGGCCCUCUGUCAGCACGGUGGCCGAGGAGGGGUUAUGGAGUCGACCCUGUUGAAGGAUGAGCUACCCCAGCGCCCCUCCUCUGCCUACCGCGCCAGCAGCGGGGGCCCGGGGGGAAUCCGCUACAGCCAGACACCUCAGAUAAGCCGCAGCCAGUCAGCUGCCUACUACCCGGUCUCUGAACACGUACUGGAGCGUGCCAAUGCCAUGCCUCCCUGUCAGUUGGGCUCUCCUGAGAUCCCACAUAUGGUGAGACGCCCCGUGAGUGCCAAUACUACUGAGAUGAAGCAGCAUGUGCCCACCCCCAGGCCUCUUAUCCAUUCUCAGAGUGUAGGCCUGCGAUUCUCCCCCUCUAGCAACAAUAUCACAACUGGAUCCACUUCAAAUUUAGCACCAAGCUUCAGACCUUCCUCUUCCAUCCAGCAGAUGGAGAUCCCCUUGCAGUCCACAUAUGACCGUACCUGCGACGACAUCUCCCCUAUCUCUCCCUCACAGGGUGGCGGGGGACUGUAUCAGGCAGAGACCACCCGCUCUAGGAACACGCCUUUCAUGGGUAUCAUAGACAAGACAGCACGGACUCAGCAGUACCUGCAUCAGCCCUCGCGGUCCAGGCCUAUGACGUCCAUGGAUUCAGCUAUUAGCCCCACCUCACCUGGCCAGCUGGUCCAGCAAGGCUCCACCUACAGCCCACCAGCCUCACUGGGCAAUAUUGCCUACUACAACAAGACCAACAACGCCCAAAAUGGACACCUGUUGGAGGAGGACUACUACUCCCAGACACAGCCCCCCUCGCUUGGCAAGCUGGCCAACGGCUCCCGUGGCAGCGGCGAUAUUCUGGAGCGGGUUAGCCAGGUGCCCACCUACCCAGACGUAAAGGUGGCAAGGACUCUUCCUGUGGCGCAAGCCUACCAGGACAACAUGUACCGCCAGCUCUCACGUGACUCGCGGACCCAAGGCCCCACCUCCCCCAUCAAACCAAAGAGACCUUUUGUGGAGUCGAAUGUGUGAUUGGAUGGUUUGACUGGGCUCGUUUAGUGGAAGAGAGUGUGGAAAAAAAUAUUUAUCUCAACAGCAGAUGUGAACUGUGAUCUGUGUAUGUGUCAUGGACAAAAACUCAUCUUGAAGAACUCACGAGAGAGACGACGAAUCCAGUCAGAGAGAAAAACACACAGCCGGCUCUCACAUUAGUAGACAUGAUCUUAUAUCAAAAACCAUAAUUAACACUGAAGUGAUAAUUUCAUUAUCAUAUUGGCACACGGAUUGAAUACCAGGAGGGUUCUGAGUUCUGAUCUCAUUCUUAAUCAACGACCAGUGCACUUCCAAAAUGUAAAGUGGCACAAAGUUCCCAAAAGUGACCACAACUGAUGGGACUGGAAGAGUGACAGUGCUGCUCAUCAGACUCUACUUGUGGACUCCGUAUCCAUCUUCUUUUCUUUCAAAGUGUGCUCUUAACCAAGGUUGCUAGUAGGCUCUAUUCAAUGUAAUACAAUAUUAUCUGUUCAAUACUGUACAUUGCUCAGAAAAUACAAAUGGCUCAACCGCUCAGUACUUAUAGAAAAAUGACAACAUUUAUAAUUAAGUUAUAUAUUGUACAUAGAAAUAAAACAAAACAUGGUUUGCGUUUUGGAUUUUAUUCGGUUAACCCUGCCUCUGUGUCACAUGUCUAGUCAUGUGGAUGAUGUGUGGAUAUGGGACAAAGGUCAGUGUAAGAAGUGAGGGACUCAAGACAAACUUUGACUGAUAUAAUUACCUCUAGUGUCAUAUAUAGCAAGGGAUUGCAUUAACCUGCUGAUUAUUUUUUUGGUAGCAUCCGUCAGAAAUUUCAGAGUUACGUCCUAUCCCUCUGUUGCGUAUGUGUUUGUCUUGUUCGACCCGCCGUCCAGAACAUAAAGAUCUUCAGUGACAUAAAACAGAUAAUUAUAGAAAUCAGUCUUACUCAAUAUAAUCAAAAUAUCAGUAAAUGUCUAUGCACCUUUUAAAACUUCAGUGUCAUAAACCAGAACACCAGAAGGGGUCACUUUUCAAAAUUUCUGAGGUACAAAAAUGCGGAUUAAGACCACUUUUUACAAACAGUGCUGUAACAUGGACCUUAUGUGUUGUGUUAUGUUUUAUGUUAAAAUGUCAAGGCCUUUUCCCUUCCUUAAAUAUGAAUCUAGCUCUGUUAGUAAACUAUAAGACUAUAAAUAUCUAACGUGCAUUGUAGUUUUGCACAUAACAGGCCUUGAGUGCAAUAAUUUUGUUUCAGGUUUUCAUCUUUGACCAUAGGAUUGUCAAAUCUUCUUUAACUGAGUGAUUUUGCCCAGUUAUAAAAAGAAAAUCCUGUGGCAGGUGGUUUUAUCGUAUAGUUCAUGAGUGUUGAAGUUUGCCUUUGUCCCUCCUUCAUGCUAGUAAAGGUUUAGUGCUCAGCAGGUACAAGCAAGCAAAUGCAUCCUCCACCCCUGUUUCCCUCUCUACAUUAUUAUUUUCUUUUUGUUCUUCUUAUUUACAAUUCAUUUUAAUUUUUACCAGUCACUUCUGCACUAAGAAUGCCUGUAUCGUUCCUAACUAAGGGUGCACUUUAUGUAUUUUACUUACUUGGUUCUUCUGGUUGUUGAAUUUGGAGUAAGUGGGUGUGUGAUGGGUCAUAACCCUGAUUAGUGAUACUAGACUAUCACAGACAUUGUUAUGGUGUGAUUUGCAACACAGUGAUGAAUGACAGUAUGAAGAGAAAACAAAUGUUUUUAAACCGGCAAAGAUGUAUAGACUUUCUAGCACAAGUUGUAUAUACUGGCUCAGAUAUUCCACUCCGGGUUCAUAAAUAAAGUGAGUCUGUUUCGAGAGCCCAAUCAUACUCCAUGUCAUAUAAUAUAUAUAUAUCCAUUUGCUCUAAAUCAGCCAGUCGAACGCACUGGUCUUGUGCUCAUCUUGAAAAUAAGUCAAAUCUACUGCAACAAAUACAAUAUCCAGAAACUCCAUAUUUGGAGUUAAUCAGAAAUUUGGGAUGAAAAUAAGAUUCAAGUUAUUUGUAUGCUUGGGAGAGAUUAUAGACCCUUUGUCUGUAACCUUUUAUUAUGGAUGUCUAAUGAAGAAUAUCUAAAAGAAAAAAGAGACUUUUCCUCCUGAUUGUGUCCUCAUCCUGUUUUACCUGCUACAAGAGAGAUGCCCUACUUAUCUUUACAGAGAUGAAGGUAUAAACUGUAUUAUACUUAAUUUAAACAUUACUUUUUAAGAUGAGGGUAUCUGAUGGGUGUCUGGUUUUGAGUUAUCUGUGUAUAUUAGUUUGCUGUAAAUAGUCUGAUGCAUGUUCUAUUCUUUCCAUGAUCUCAAGCAGAAACAUGUAUAGCAGUGUCACUGGUGUGUGAUACAAUGUCAGGGGGUGGGGAUAAGAUAAGGAGACUACUGCUGUCCCUGAACUAUCCUUAUCAUUUUCCUUCAACUUCACCAGACAAAACGGUUAUUUUAUUUUAUUUUAAUGUAUUUGCUUGCUGAGCAGAGUUCUCUUGUCUGUAAAUGUGAGCUUUCAGAUCGCUGUGAUAAAAAAGUUUAAUUAAAAACAAUAAAAAAGAAUGUGUUUUUAUCUCAUGAUAACUGAUUGUAAUCUGUACAGUCAACCCUAUGUAUUAGAAAAAAGAGCAUAUUUAUAAAUGGUUAUCAACUGAAA